ACUGAGAGCAGGCAUGUUCCAACACGGCGGGUGGGCGGGACAAUCACCUGAAGGACGACGAGCGGCAGUCAUUGGUGGGAAGUGCUGUCAAUCAUCGUGAGGCUGCAUCUCGAGGACGCUGUCGGGUUUCGAUGGAAAUGUAACGAGUGCGCCUUUAAAAAAAAAAUACAAAUACAACCAUUUUAUUCAAUCAGGUAUUCAUUAAACUCUUUUAAGGCGAUGGAGAGGAGCAUUGUUGUGGCUGUGCUGUGUCUGGCAAUUUCUUCAAAUCUGGAGUGAUGCAACUCAGAGAUGAUUUUUAAAAAGUCUUUCGAUUUUUAAAAUGGAACCUGAUACAACAAAAUGGGGGCAGACAAAUGAGGAACAUCACCAAACCAAAAAAUCCACCAUGAGUGUUGUCAGGAGCCAGCGCCCUUCAGGUAACCAUUCCACAAAAAAUGUAUGAAGUUGCCAGAGGUGAUAAUGUGACACUACCCUGCCAAUUUCAACCUAAAACACCUGACAACCCUCUAGUGGUUGUCACAUGGACUGCUGAUGACACAGCUGGAGUUACAGAGGACGACGUCGCUGCAUACUAUUACCCAUUGGGAAGAACUGACAUCAAACCCGAUUAUGAAGGUCGGGUGUCGCUUCAAGCUGAUGUUCCUAAAGGUCUGGUCAACCUGAUGCUGUCUUCCGUCACACUGAAAGACAACAAGAGUUUUCAUUGUCAUGUCCUCAUCCCUGGUGAUGACAAGGGUACAACGAAAGACACCACUCGUUUGUUGGUUCUGGUGGCUCCGUCGACACCCAUCUGCAAGCUCAUUGGUGAUGCAGAAUACUUCCAGAAUAUUCAACUGACCUGUAAGUCUGAGGAGGGAUCUCCUGCGCCCACAUAUCAGUGGGAAAGACGUGAUGUCCAAGACAGGCCUCUUCCUCAGGACCCCAAAACCACAGACAAGGAUGGCGUUCUGUCUCUAUUCAAUAUCACCAAAGAGACAUCAGGAUACUACAUCUGCACCGCAACAAACAAGAUACGGAGUGCAUCCUGCAAAUUCACUCUUUCAGUCAUGCCACCUUCCAUGAAACUUGGCUCCACUCCUGCAAUCAUUGGUGGAAUUGCAGGUGUGUUGACCAUACUGGGAAUCAUCGCCUGUGUUGUUUGCUGUUGCCGGAAGAAGAAGAGGAACAAAGAGGAGGAAUAUGCCAUGGGAGUUCACGAGAAAGAGCUGAAUGCCAAAGAGCCGCUUAGAAAUGGUCGCCAAGGAGAUGGGGAAGAUGAUGUACGGAGUGAUAUUGAUGAAUCGAGUGUGAGACGUGCUGAUCGCAAUGAGGAACGGAGUAUUGAUGCAGGUGGCCGUCGGCGAGAUCAUGAUGAUCAACGUAGUGACAAUGAUACUGGGCGCAGCGACUACAGCGAUCGCCAUAGUGACUUUGAAGACCGCCGUGACAGGUAUAGUGACCGCCAUGAGCGCUAUGAUGACAACAGACGUGAUGAUCGCCGCACUGAUGAUUAUGACCGCCGCCGCCAUGAUGACUAUGAUGACCGCCGUCGCCGUGAUGACUAUGAUGACCGCCGUCGCUAUGAUGAUGACAGACGCCGCUAUGAUGAGGACCGUGAUCGUGACCGAGCACCUAGUGUUCCACCCAAUAAGCCCAAUAGGGAGGACUAUGAUUACUAAGGCUUCCAGCCUGGAUCAGCUGCUAUGUUCUUGCUUUGCUUUUCUUCAAUAUCAUUAAGAUCAUUUUUAUCUCUAUUGGCCAUGUCAUGCUAUAAAUGGUUUUAAAUCCAGCAGCCAAAAUAGAAUCAGGAGGCAGACUAAUCUGCAUUAUGUGAUGUAGAUCUCAUUCAUGUCAGUGGGUUUAACUAAGUGGCCAGUCAGCUUCAAUGAUGGUGCAGAUUUAAACCUGUAUGGAGAUGCAAGAGAAAAGUACAAUUAACAAUGACCAGAAACCUGUCCAGGGUGUACCCCUUCUUUUGCCAUAUGGCUCCUGGGACAGGCUCCAGCACCCCCUGACCAUUAAUUUGAAAAAGCAUGUGUAGAAAAUUUAUAUUCUGGAGUGGAUCAGUUAUAUCUGUUUGAUCCUGCAAAAUGCCUUGAAUGUACGAGAACGUAGAACUAAAAUCCAGAAGACAUGCAUGUUAGGUGAAUUGGUGAUUCUAAAUUAACCAUAAGUGUGAAUGUGUUUGUAUGUGGCCCUGCAGACUGGCGUGUUGUACAGGGUGUACCCCGCCUUAUACCCUAUGACUGUUGGGAUAGGCUCCAGCCCCCGCAUGACCCUUAAUUGGAGUAAGCAGGUAUAGCAGAUGGAUGGAUGUGAAAGGGUGUUUUACUCAAGAGCCACUUAUGGUGACGCCUAGAAUAGGAACUAUAAUUUGGGGGCAUAUCUGUCACAAAAGGGUGGAGUCAGGAAACUUAAGUAAAUUUUAUAUCAACAUUACAGGAAGGGGUGUAUUGUUUUGAACUUGGUGUGCAUUUAGAUUUCAUUGUUGUUACGCUUAUUAGCCAUGGCAUUUAUGUGUAAUGCUACAGCAAAUGGACACGCACUGACAAACUAGUGGUGCUACAUACUGUCUAAUCACCAUAGUUAAUGGCACAGCUAAGUACUUUCAAUCACUCCCCUUUAUCCAGAUCAACCCCCAAAAUUGGUGUAGAUCUGUGCAAGUCUGUUACUGCCACUUCACACCUUUUUUCCUCAUUAUGCACCAUAAAAUGUAUCAUGUUUCUCAUACUGAUUAUUUUCUAUCUCAUUAAAUGAUAGAUUUAGUUUUUAUUGGACAGAAGCGUGCACACAGACCAGACUGAACAUUUACAUAAAAUUU